AAAAUUCAUCACUGAUAUGGCCACGAAGCAUGUGAUGUCGCUACAUUUCGUCGCUACAAGUUUCAUAACCUGUUACACGCGUUAACUUUAACGAUUAAUAUCUCAUUUUGCGAAGCAGUGCGACGAUUUUAACUUUCAUAUUCUAUUUCUACAUGUGAAAAUACACAAUAUUGUUGAGUUUGAGCCAAAUUGGAGGUGAAGACUCUAAACUGUUUAGAGUCAAUUGUCAAAUGUUGCAGAAAAAUUUUAAAUAUUAGUUGUCAUACUGAUAUAUAAUAUAAUCACACAGAAAUAAUAUUAAAAUGGAAGAUCAAAAUAAGAAUCUCUGCGUGGCGCUAAUAUUGGAAGAUUCACGAUUAUUAGUUAAUAGGAAACAGUUGGUCAGUAAGAGUCAAUACUUUGCUUCUCUUCUCUCAGAAAAUUAUAUCGAUCAUCUGCAACAGGAACAUGUAAUCAAUUAUGACAUUCCUAUUUCUAUAUUAAAGGAUUACAUCAGUUGGAUUCAUGAUGAAGACUUUUGUAUGAAAUUUGAUUUUGUAUGUAGAACAUCCUUAGAAAAAUAUUGUAAUCGUAAUUCUUAUGAAGAUCUUCUGAAGUUGUUACAUCUAAGUGUCUUGUUUUCAACGGAUCAGCUAAUAGAGGAAAUAACAAUUAUAAUUGAAGCUAUUCUGGUGAUACCAGAGUAUUUAAUUGAUAUUUGGCUUGUGGCAAUAGACUUGGGUCUUUCUAAGCUACAGGAUAUUUCUUUUGCUGCCUGCUUAGAUUGUUUUGAUAAGUUGCCAGUUGAUAAACUCGUGCAUCUAGAAAGUAACAAUUUACAGAAAUUAAUUACCAAUGAAAAUAUAUCAUCUACAGAAGAAUAUAUGCGCCGUAUAUUUUUUAUGUGGGUGAGGACUAAUAAAAUAGAAGAAUUACCUGUUGCACUAUCAAUUCUGAUAAACAAAAAACCAACAAUUUUGAAUUGUAUUAUAGAUUAUGAGAAGCCUCAAAAUCAUGAUAGCAAAAUCUUCCUUUACUGUUGGGAUGGUAGAAAUUUUUUCAAACAUUCUACAUUAACAUAUCCUGAAAAAAUCACUGAUGCACCACAAGCAUUAGUAGGAAUGCAAUUUAUUGGCAGAAGAUAUAAUUUAUAUAUCUGUGGUGGCGAAUAUGGCCUGGGCAGAGGAAAGUUUAAUGAGAAGAUUUGGCGUUACUCUCUUAUAUCUAAGAAAUGGUCUGUUGAAGCACACAUGCCAGUUCCAAGAAGGCAUAUGAUUACUGUAUUUUUUAAGAACAAAUUAUACCUUAUUGGUGGUGUAGGACGAUAUCGGAAACAGUUGAAUAGCGUCAACAUUUACAAUGUACAUUCACGCAUUUGGACAAAGGGUUCGUGUAUACCUGAUGGCUUUACUAAAAUUCCCGAAUAUUGUGUUGGUGAUGACAAAUUAAUUGUAUAUGUAAUCCAGCUUCAUGUACUUAUAUAUUAUAGCAAAGAGGAUACAUGGACAUAUUUUAAAUUAUUUAAUAACUCAUCUCCUUAUAAUUCCUUAUCUGAGGAAAUAAUAUUGAUGGGGCUAGAUGAAACUGCAUGUUUCAUUGAUAUCACAGAUAAAGAUGUGUCAGACAAUAUAGUUAUUAGAUGUAUAAAAUAUGAGACAGAUUGUACGAAAUGUCUUAAAAAUGACACUAACUACACGUGUGAAAAGAGGUCUUUAUGGUGUGGACCUCUGUUCAAACAGGGAUGUUAUGAAAAUUAUUGCGGCUUAGAUACAUUUUUCAUGCAACGUAAGGAUAGUAAUAACAUAUACUUGUGGUUCUGUCAAAACUUUUCCUCAUGCUAUGGUGGCACAUAUGAUAAUAUUCACAUACAUACAUUCCCUAUAGAGGAAUCUAUAAAAUUUGAAUCGCUUUUCUCUUUUUCUUCUACAACUGGAAAGCUUUUUCACAUAAUGGAUCCAGCUAAUUUGUAUUCUAAAUCAGAAACAAUCACAAUUACACAACAAUCUUCAUCAUUAUUACAAAUUCUUACAUCUGGCAUAAAGACAUCAUGUAAUUGAUCAUUUUGUUACUAUCUGCAAUAGCAGAAGAAUAAUUCCAGACGUCUAAAAGAUGUCUUAAAUCUAAACUUAAGAUGUCAGACACCAAAAAAGACAUCAUAAAAACAUUUUCAGAAUUUUUAGAUAUCUUUAAGAUGUCAUAAUGUCGUCUGGAUAUAUUUUUAGCGUGAUUUUUAUACAUGUAUUUUAUAUAUAGAGUAAUUAAAUUCAAUAUUUGAUAAAAAAAAUAUUGACGACUUAAUUGUAUUUUAUUUGACUUGAGUAAUAUAAUUUGACUUUGAGUAAUAUAAUUUUUAAUAGUAAUGAGAAUUUGUUAAUAGCAAAUAUUUAAUAUCGAAUAUCAUAUAUCUUAUAAAAAUAUAUAUCUCAAGUAUAUGAAGAAAUAAAAUUUAAACAGUUUCUAUUUGACGAACUUCUUUCAAAGUUUACUUUUAUAAUGAAUCCAAUUAAUUUAUAUAUUCUAUGUAAAGUCAUAAUUGUUUAUAACAAUCUUUUUUCACACUAUAAAUGAGCAGUGGUGACGUGCAAUGGAGUAUUACGCACCAUCCGCCAUUUUGCCAAGAAAUUAUCAAUAGAUCCACACAUCUCAGAGACGUUGCAUUUCUGUGUAUAACUUCGUAUGUCCUACCUGUAUUAUAUAUGUAUGACAUUAUGUAUGAUAUAAUGAUGAAAGAACAAAUACAAUUUGACUCAUUUUAAA